AUGUGGGCUCGCCGUGGCGCCACCAGAGUGAUACCGCAUUCUGAGGAGGAACGGCGCAAUGCUCAACGCGAGGGUAUCACGGAUAUAAGAGACGUUGCGAUCAAAGAUAUUCGCGGCAAAGAACACGAAUUCACUUUGGAUGUUCAAGGCUUCCAAUUUGUUAAACACCAAGACGCACGAUCUCUCACCCGGAACGGACUCACACCGUUCGAACACUUCCACCCAGCGCCCCCGGACGAACGAUCGUGGGGCCCCAAAUUGAGCGGCCAGGUCAUUCAGAGAAAGAUCGACUUCGAAGCUGGUGCGUCGACUAUUCCGGCUGGUAUCCCGAUGGAUAUCGGGGCCUUGUAUCGGUACAGUAAUAAGAAUGGCUUCGGGGCAAUCCUUAUGACCGAAAGUCCGGAGAACUCGGAGACGAUCUUGCGAAAAUGGCCUGAUGUGAGAGACAACGGCCUGAUCAUUGUCACGUCGACCCAUCGGACUCGCUUAGCGAUGAUGAACGCCUGGGCGGAACAAGAGAAGGAGAUUUCGGUUGGAUUCCGUGCUGGCGUCAGUGAGAUUGGCGAAGUUGCUCCCUCAUCGACUUGGUAUAUAUCGCAUGGAGAGGCAGGAUGGGUCUCGACCGAGGCGAGCGAGCCGGAUGAUAGGAAGGUGGUCUUCUUUGCGGGCUUAUAUUUUAGGUAUCGCCGGUUGGCGGCGAUUCUGCCCCCGGCACAUGCAUUUAGGUCCGAGUCCGUGGAAAAGGCGAGAUUUCGCGACGUUGACCCAGAAGCGAAAGAGUUCCGAGUUGUUGAGAAAGACGGUGAUACUUCCUAUGAGAUGGUAGUUACCCGCGGAGGAGUGCGGUGA